AUGUUUGGUAAUAUUCAAGCAAAAAUCAUCAGUCUUCAACAAGACCUUACUCACCUUCAAGCCACUAAUAUUCAAGGUAACAACACAGCAAAAGUAAUGAAGUUGGAAAAGGAGAUUGAUACUUUAAAUGAACUACAAGCUAGCUCAAACAGACAAAAAUCCAGAGAUCAUUUUUAUAAUGAUAUGGAUAGAAAUUCAAAGUACUUCCAUAUAAGAGACAAUCAUAGAAGAUCUAGAAACAAAAUAGACUCAUUGCGAGCACAAAAUGGUACUUUGUGUCAAAACAUAACCUUAAUUGAAGAUCUUCUUGUCUCUCAUUUUAAGAAGAUAAGCACUACUUCUAAUCCUGCAGAUAGACAUAUCUUCCUCCAGCAUAUUCCUAAUUGUAUUUCUGAUCAAUACAAUACAUAUUUGGUAGCCGUUCAUUCUGUUCAAGAAAUUCAUGAAGCUUUAUCUCUAAUGGAACCAUGGACCUCACCUGGUCCAGAUGGUUUUCCACCAGGAUUUUACCAAUCUCAAUCGCAAGUUGGCAAAGAUGAUAUAUGCAAGACUGUUCAAGCUUUUUUCAGUUCAGGUUUUCUCCUCAAGAAGUUUAACCAUACAAGAGUAACUUUAAUUCCAAAGACUAUUUCAGCCUACAAGCUAGAAGAUUACAUGCCAAUUGCUCUAUGUAACUUAAUAUAUAAGCUUAUUACUAACAUUAUUGCUCUCAGGUUAAAGAAAUAUAUUGCAAAUAUUAUUUCUCCAAUGCAGUCCGCCUAUGUUCCAGGGAGACUUAUCUCAGAAAAUAUCUACAUGGUCCAAGAAUUAGUUAAGGCAAUGAAGAAUAAAAGUUGUAGAACUGGUUUUCUAGAUUUGAAGAUGGAUAUGUCAAAGGCCUUUGACAGAUUAGAACGAGAUUUCUUCAUUGAAGUGCUAAAGAAGUUUAGUUUUUGUGACAAAUUUUAUAAUUGUCUGUUGUUCUGCAAAGCAAACCAGGUGCAAACUAAUACUUUGCUUAAAGUGAUAGAAGAUUUUAGUAAGUGUUCUGGUCAUUUAAUCGAUUUUCAUAAAUCAGUUGUCUACUUUAGCAAAAACACAAAUCCUUAUAUUUGUCAAAUUAUCAGUGGUCUUCUUCAGUUAUGCUCUGAAGAUACAUCUAUUUGUGCAAGGUCUCUAAAAGCAAAGUACUUUCCAGAUGGCCAAGUUUUUAACACUCAAGAACACACUAAAGCUACAUGGUCUUGGAGAAGUAUAAGUUCCGAGUUUCCAUUCAUUGAGAGGUAUAGUACUUGGUCUGUGGGUGAUGGCAGGAAAAUUUUAAUCUGGAGCUACAAGUGGAUUGAGGGUCUUGAUGAGCCACCUACUCCAAAAUCUACUGCAACUAAUGCUGAAAAUUUCAAAUAUGUUCAUCAGCUUUUCAAUAGAUAUACAGGUGGAUGGGACUAUAAUAUUUUAUCCUCUUUGUUUGAAUAUUCAAUAGUAAGCUUGAUACAAAAUAUCUCUAUACAUCACAUGCUUGAAGAUAAACUGAUUUGGUCUCUUGAAAAGAAUGGUUGUUUCUCUGUCAAAUUAAGUUACAAGAAAAUGAUGGAGGAGAAGAAUGGUAAUGACUCAGUUGGAACAAGAAUGCAGGGCAUUUUCAAGAAACUCUGGAAGCUCCCUCUCCUUCAUAGGAUUAAUCAAUUUAUUUGGAAGUGUGUCAUAAAUAUUCUUCCUACUAGAGACAAACUUCUAAGCUUUAUUCAAGAAGAAAAUUCAGGAUGCCCUUUCUGCAACCAAGUUAUGGAAACUCCAAAUCAUUGCAUACUAGAAUGUCAAACUAGUAGGAUGGUCUGGUUUGCUGUGUUGGGCUUACAUACAAGUAACUCUGAUGAUCUGGUGGACUGGUUCUGCUCCUGGUUUGAUAAACUUAUUGCUCACCAAAUUCAGGAAGAAGUUCUUUGCAAAAUUUCCAUAACAACAUGGUGUAUCAGGAAUUCUAGAUGUGACAAAGCUUUCAAUUCCAAGACUGUCACUCCUGAGACCAUCAUUCAUACGUGCAGAAAGGAGAUUGCAGAAUUUGAAGCCAAACCUAAGCCUGUUAAUAAACCUACAAUACCUCAACCCAGAACCAACUUACAUUGGCCACCUCCCCCAUUUUUCACCUUUAAAAUUAAUUCUGAUGGUUCAUUUCAGCAGCUUAAUAAUUCAGGUGGAGUCGGUCUAAUUAUCCGUGAUUUUGCAGAACAAGCUGAAGCUAAAGGAUUGUGGGAAGUAGCGCAGUGGGCUAAAGAAAAGGAAUUGGAGAAUGUAGUGUUUGAAUUGGAUUCAAAGCUUGUUGUUGAAGCAGUGAACAAGAAUGUCUUCAAUAUCGACUGGAGAUUACGCAAUUUAAUUCUAGAUAUUAAGGAGUUAUUUAAUUUUUUUAGCUCUUGGAAAUGUUGUUAUGUUCCUAAAGAGAAAAAUAAAAUAGCAGAUAAACUAUCUAAGCUUGCUAGAGUAGAAAGGUUAAGCAGUGUUUGGUUACUAGAACCUCCAAAUGAGAUUGCUACUAAAGUGCAGCAAGAAGCAGACUAUGUAAACAAUGAAGCUUAA